ACCAAUGUCGGGUCAGGGAAGACGCGCCGUUGUUGCGAUGGGAAAGCUGAUGCGGUGAAAGCCGCGAACGCAACACCUCUCUGGAUGCCGGUCGAGUCGAGUCUCGUCAGUCUGUGAAAUACUUUAAUGCGUGUUGGUUGAAAUGGAAGACUGUACGAUCGGAGAGAAUCACGAUCGAGCCAACCGAUACUCCGUACGCUUCGAACCGCGAUACUGAAGCGUAUUUUACGCGGAUCGUAGCCGCGCGAUAUUUCCUUAUCGAUCGCGUUACCUGUCGGCUCGUCGUCGGCCCGUCGCCCCGUCGCGUCGGCUGGUUCCAUUCGGAAGGCUUCGAGGCAUCGAGGCGCUUCGAGACGUUGGUUACCGGGCCCGCGAACGUAUAAACGGCGUUUACGUUCGAACAACGCGACGCGGUCCGGGUCGUUAAAAUCGAACAAUGGUAAAAUGAUAGCGGCACGAAUCCCUCGGAAUUCCUCGAGAAUCGUCGCGAAUCCGAUCGAUCUAUCGCGAUAACGAGCAAACGCGGUUUUCGAUGAAGGCGUACACUUUGGUCGUACCCUACGAAACGAUAACCGACUUUGGAACAGUUAUGAUAUGAAUCGCGACAGUUUGUUCGCUUCAACGUCGUUUGUUCGAAUCAUUUUAGAAGUUGGAUCAUGAAAGUCGUCGUCGUUGCGUGCAUGCUCUUAAUUACGGCCAGUGACGCGUUCGAUUACGCCGCGUACGAUGACUACGAUACUGUAAAUUACGAUCGUUCGAUUUUAUCUCCAGUCUCGCCUAUGCCGCCAAUGCCGCCUGUAUCGGCCAUGUCGCCGAUCACGAUUUACGACUUGUUUGCGAAAUUACACGCGACCAAGCUGCCAUCGGAGACGAAUUACGCGCGAACCGAAAACUUUACGUUGCUCGCCGUCGACGAUGCGCGGCUCGAUCGACUCGAGGAUCGCGCCUCGACGAAUUUCCGAGCUCGAGGUGGUCGACGAUCGACCGUAAGAAAACCCAGAGAAGUUAAAAGAUCGGGGAAUGGCCGAACGCUGACCGAGUCGAUCGAAAAAAGGAAAGACAACGGUAUUAUCUCCGUCCGAGAGGUCGAUGCGGCAAAGUGCUCCGAUUUAAAGAGAAACCAACUGUGGAAAGAGAAUUGCGAAAUCAACGAAAAAUCUCGGAAUAUCGUUAUCGGACUUCGAAAUCGGUCUUUACGUACGGUAGGUUAUUCGGGCGGAACGAGCCUUCUCGGGAAUACGGCAUCGGUGGGACACGCGAGGCGAACGAAACGAGUGGACGGUAGGGAAUCCGUAACCGAAUUCAACGAUGAUUUUCGCGAAACUCGUGAUUCGAUAUCCGGCGAGACAAACGCGUCGCAACCGAGAGAAGGAAACGGUCCGAACGACGACGAAGGUAACGAGCUAGAAAUAUUUUUCGAUCAACUGAAGAAGCGAGGGAUUAAAGGUGAUUUCGAGAAAUUGCUAGCGAUCAGCCAUCGACAAGGAAGGAGGCGAAAAUUCAACGGUCAGCAACAGGGUACCAUUCUUGUCGAGGCACUAAAAAAGAAACGAAAUUAUACAGGGGAUCAUCGUGGUCAUAACAACGACCUUCAAAACAGCAUAAUGGAUAUAUUGGGUAGAAUGAUACCGCAAACGUGUACGUACAAAGGAGCAUCUUUCGACUGCGGUCUUAGCAUCAGUUGCGUCCUCGGUGGCGGCCGUCCAGUCGAUCUGUGUUCCGGAGGAUUGAUUUGGAGUUGUUGCGUCGACGACGACGAUAUCCCUGAAAAAAUACCACGGCCAACCGUCGGGUUGCUACAGAACGCCACACUUACGUUAAACUUGGGACAUCAGCAUCCGUACAUGGACGACGAUGUUCAAAUCUACGAGAACGCGGCAAGGCCGACCAAGCCGAUGCACACCGGUCAGAACGAGCAUCGACCCAGCCACGUGCCCGCGGACAACGCGAACAAGCCUUCGACGAUUUACGAAUCGUCGCAAACAUGGAAUUACAAUCGGCCCGUGUACACGAGUCGUCCCACGUUUUACCAUCCGACACAGCUCGAUUAUCCUCAAGACGAAUACGGAGCCGAUUAUCCCGACGCGUUGGGAUCGCAUACGCCGCACGAGGAUGCGACAAGCUCCGUGGAUUAUUCCAAAUAUCGUGGUUGCGGAGAACUUUAUACGAGAAGCAAUAGAAUCGUUGGCGGGCAUAGUUCCAGUUUCGGCACUCACCCGUGGCAGGCGGCGAUAAUCAAGUCGGGGUUCCUAAUGAAGAAAUUGUCGUGCGGUGGCGCUUUACUGAACAACAGAUGGGUGGUGACGGCAGCUCAUUGCGUCGCAACGACACCGAACAGCAACUUGAAGGUUCGCCUCGGCGAAUGGGACGUGAGAGACGCGUCCGAACGAUUGCUGCACGAAGAAUUCAAUAUCGAGAGGAAAGAGGUGCACCCGCAAUACUCGCCGAGCGAUUUUCGAAACGACGUGGCGUUGGUGAAACUGUCGCGGACGGUAGCGUUCAAACAGCACAUCGUCCCCGUUUGUUUGCCGGCGAAAAAUUUGAAACUCUCCGGACGCACCGCGACCGUCGCUGGCUGGGGUAGAACCAGACACGGGCAAACCUCCGUGCCGAACGUUCUUCAAGAAGUCGACGUGGAAGUAAUUCCUAACGAAAGAUGCCAAAGAUGGUUCAGAGCAGCCGGAAGGCGGGAGACGAUACACGACGUCUUUCUGUGCGCCGGUUACAAGGAAGGUGGACGAGAUUCUUGCCAGGGCGAUUCCGGCGGUCCGUUGACCAUGUCCGUCGAGGGAAGACACGUACUGAUCGGUCUCGUGUCCUGGGGUAUCGGAUGCGGUCGCGAACACUUGCCCGGCGUAUACACGAAUAUUCAGAAGUUCGUACCAUGGAUCGACAAGGUGAUGAGUUAGGAGGACGUCCACGACGCGCGGCACGGCAUCGUCGUUGUGCCGCGAAAAACGUUGAGCACUCGCAUCGAAUUGUAAACGCGGCAACGGCACACAACGGCAACCAAAGUUUACGUUUACGUUAUAUCUAUACACGUUACAUUUAAGCUUCCCCCGAGCAAUUAUUAUAUAAUUGCCCCCGAGAGCAAUCGUUCGACCAUUCGAAAUUUCGAAUCGGCGUCUCCUGUGUCUUUAUGUCCUGUGUAUGUCGUUAUCCAUUCGUCGAUUUAUUCCAAUACGUACAAAAAUACAUGCGCGUACAGAUACAUUGAAA